AUGACUCGAGAGUCACGUGACCGGCGAUCUAAUGGAGUUUGGUCACCGCAAGCAGAGAACGGAGCGACGGCCUCCUCAAUCGAUGCCGCUGUGUCUUCACCUCUUGCAGCCGAAUCAAUGCUUCUAAUUAUUAUUGUCGAGGUGAAGCCCCAACACGAGAAGAACGAGCUGACCGUAGCUAGCUUGGACGCUCAGCUGCGUGAUAAGCUGGCGGCAGAAUUCAGCUACAUGCGUCGGCAGUCUGUGAAGCCCCUCUCAGAGUUCCUCGACUUUGUGCGCUAUGCCUACAUGAUCGACAACACCAUUCUGCUAAUGACAGGCACUCUCCAUCAGCGACCUGUUGACGAGGUGGCAGCCCGUUGUCACCCGCUCGGCCGCUCAGCAAUGGAGGCAGUACACGUGGCGUUGACUCCUCGCGAGCUCUACAACGCGGUGAUUGUGGACACGCCCCUCGCACCCUUCUUCCUCGACUGCAUCAAUGAGCACAGUCUCAACGAGGUCAAUGUCGAACUUAUACGCAACAUGCUCUACAAGGCAUAUUUGGAGAGCUUCGACAAGUUCUGCAAGAAUCUGGGUGGCAUCACAGCUGAGACGAUGUCUGAGAUACUAGCGUUCGAGUGUGACAGACGUGCCUUCAUGAUCACCAUCAACUCGUUCCGCACCGAACUGACCAAGAGUGAGCGCGCCAGUCUGUUCCCACGCUGCGGCCUGCUGCAUCCCACCGGACUGGCUGCUCUGGCUGCGGCUGACAACUAUGAACAGGUGACCUUCAUCAGAAGUUUAAGAUUUGUCAUGUUGAUUUAG